ACUCUCAUGUGAAAGGGGAAGGACACUCUUGAUGAGUUGUGAAAUGAGCGUAGAAACUAUUGAACCUAUAAUAUUAUAGCCCCUUCCAAGCGAAAACAUGAGGGAGAAGUGUGGAAAACUGAUGGUUUGUUGUCAUUGUUGUUUCCUUAUUCAUCUGGGUUAUCAUCUGGGCGUAUCUAAAAUUCUAGAGCUGGUGAUCUCCCGCAAAGGAACUUCAUUCGAUAUUCUAAUCCAACUCAAGUACCUGUAAAACAUUAUGCAUGCAGUCCGACCCUUUACGUGCAUCCCCCCACCCUCUCCUCCGCUGGGUACUGGAUUCUUCGACACACUCCUCCCCACUCUUUUGCUACCUUGUUAGCCUCGUUUCUAUGUAUGUGGGCCGGGCAGGAAGAAGAAGUAGAAAGGGGCAUAGCUAUCGCAAUCGUACGAGACUUUUACCGGUCCUGGUCGCCGUUUUACGUUCUUGAAAUAAUUUGUUUCGAAAGUGUGGAGUUCACGACCAUUAUUUUUUUUCUAUGGUUAAACUACUCGUUCUUUGCGGAGCAAAAGGUCUGGGGACUGUACUCUCGGUCACUGACUUGACGUUGUAAAGAUAGCCUGGAUGUAUUUUACGAUGACUGCAUGAGUCAUGCGACAAUUUUUGAUCUCCACGUUGCAUUCUUUCCCAGCCUCUGACUGAGAUAAAAAGACAGAGCUGUGUAUGGUAUAUUUAUUUCACCAAUCCUGAAGAUGUUGUUUGGUCAACUGAAUUACUUUGGAAGCGAUUUAUGAUAAACGUAAGACUCAAAAGGCUGUAGGCUUAAUCAUGUCAUCAGAUGCAGCAUCUCUUCAUGCCUUGGAGCUGCUUAUGAAUGAAUUCUUCAAUGCCUCAACCAACAACCAUCGGAAAAGAGAAAUAGAACAAGUAUUACAGAACUUUAGUCAACAAUCAGGAGCAUGGCACCAUUGUGUAUAUUUUAUGAACAAUUGUUCAAAUCAGUAUGUUUUGAUGUAUGCGGUUUCAGUGUUUGAGAAUCUCAUCAAUAAACAGUGGAUAGGAGCACAAGCCGGAGAUAAGGCUGAAGUGCGCCAAUUUCUUAAUGAAUAUCUUUUGUCGCACCACAAGAAGCUUCCAACACACAUCAGAAACAAGCUUGUUAAAGUGAUUGUUGACGUAGGACGGGUUGACUGGCCACAUUUCUACCCAAAUUUUUUCUCAAAUAUUAUUGAGUUGCUCCAGCAACCGUCCACAGUAACUUUAGGCUUGGUCAUGCUCCAGACAACAUCAGAAGAAAUGGCAUCCCCCAGGGAAGACUUGAGUAUUGCUAGAAAAACUGAAGUGCACAGACUAUUGCUCAAUGAAGUUCCUGGAGUUCUUUCUUUGUUAACACAUUUAUUGGACAGAGUCUUAGAAAAGCAUCGCCGACUUGCAACAACAGUCACACCACCUCCAUCUCCUACUCACGGAAUGUCACCAGUUAGAAGUACAAGCCCUUCAGUAUCAGGAUCAGGUUCAUUAUCAUUAUUCUCAUCGUCAACAUCUGCUGAUCAGACACUUCAACACCCGGGAAGUAGUAAUCUCAUGGGAAGGUUAUUGAGUAAUUCACCGAUGAAAUCUAGACAGAAUUUAGGACAUCCACUGCCUCCUUUAGACUCAGAAUCAGAGGAAAUUAGUUCUCUAGUGCUCAAAUGUUUGGGCCAUCUCUUUAGCUGGAUCCCUCUGUCUACAACAAUUACACCAUCACUUGUGUCUACCGUGUUUUAUCUUGCGGAGUUUGGCUGCAAUGUAGUGCCGACAAGUUCUGGUAGCAAUGUUGUGGGUAAUGCUGAACUAGGUGUCUCGGCAAUGUCCUGUAUUAAUGAACUGCUGUCCAAGAAUUGUGUUCCAGUUGAAUUUGAGGAGUUCUUGCUGAAGUUGUUUCAACAGACAUUUCAGUUGUUACAAAGAAUAACAAAAGACACAGGAGCUCAGGCUGUGGAGAACCUCCUCACAGAACAAGAUGAAAGCUAUUUGAGCAAGUUCACAGAGUUCUUGAGACUCUUUGUGAGCAUACACCUGAGAAGAUUUGAAAACAGCUCCCAUUUCCCAGUGCUUGAGCUGCUAACAUUACUCUACAAAUAUACUUUCAAACAGCCACAGCUGGAAGGGUUUUUUGCCUGCCUUGAUAUUUGGACCGUGUUUCUAGAUUAUCUUAUUGGUAAAGUGGCAAAUGCAAGAAGUGACAAACUGGCUGAGGCUGAAGCUACUGUUAGCAGAUACAAGGAAGUUUUACUGAUGCUGUUAACUGAGCUGCUGAAGAAAAUUCAAUUCCGACAUAAUCAAAGCCAACUGGAGGAACUGGACGAUGAAAGCUUGGAUGAUGAUUCGCAGACAGAGUGGCAAGCAUUUCAAAGGAAUUGUCUGGAAAUUGUUGCCAAGUUAGCAGAACUGUUGCCUGGAGAAACUUUCUCCCUGUUGUUCCCUUUGUUCAGUGAAUACUGUGAUGUGUACAUUGGUCUUGGAGAGUACGUUAGAAAAACUGCUCAUGGCUUACAUCUCGGUAUCAGUGCUGAAAAUGAAUGUCAUCAAUUACACUGCACACUGAGGGACUUGACCACCAUGGAGCGUGCCCUGGGAAGGCUGUCAGAACAUUUUAUUGGUGAAGUGAAUUUUGCCAACAGGUUUAGUGAUGGGGAAGCAAUUGUCGAGAGACUAGGACAAAUUGCGUUGUUUGGUACACAAAGCCAACUAUUUGCAGUGCACACAGCUGUGCCAAGUGUCCUUCAACCCGACCUAAUCGAAGUCCAUGCCCAAGGACUGGCUGCAUUACAAGCAUAUUGUCACUGGAUGGCUCAGUAUUACCUGGAAACACACCGACAACAACAGCACCAAGAAAAGUUUGUGGCUCUUGUCUCCAAUGCAGUUGAUGCUUUAGUGCCAUUGUUAAACAAAGAGGUUCCUCAACGUAUUUCAUUGCCUGCAUCUCACCUUCUCAACUCAUUAGCAUCUACUGUUCGCCCGUCAUUCAUGACUGCCCUGGAAAAAAUACAAAACCUCUUCCACGACGUCAGCAGUGGUGCCUUGUCUGAAAUGCCGCUUGAGGUGCAGACCUUAGUUAUUAGAUCUCUGUCCAAUGCUUUGGUGUUACCAUGGCCAAGCAAGGCUGAUAACGAACAGGAAUGGGAGGUUCGGUCACAAAGCCAUCAGAGUUUUAUCCAAAGUGUUAAACAGCCAUUCAAAAGUGUCGUGGACACGCCAGGAUUUGCAGAAAACAAACAGUUACAAGAGAGUGCCAAGUCACGUGUGCAUUUCACCCUGCAUGUGUUGGGGGAUUUAAUGGCUGCAGUGGCAGAAGACCAGGUUACCAAGACCAAGCUUAUUCUGUACCAGUCCAUCACGGAUGUCGUUCAACUCACUCUUACUAUUUUUCCUGUGUUUAUUCAUCAUCCAGAUACAACAGAUGAGAUUCUAGGCUUCCUUCUGACGUUGUUUGAGAGUCUCAAGGUACAGCUCGGCCCAGCUGUGACAGAGCAGAUCGUACAGCAACUGCUUCACACUUUCACCAGGCAGCAGCUGACCGAAACACUGCAUCACGAGAGCACUGCAGGCUCACGUGUCAUUACCAAGUUCCUGAAGAUUCUGCAGCUCUUGGUGCAGGAACCCGCGGCCUCCUUCAAGGCUUUCCUUCCUAAUAUAAUCGGGCUGUGUAUGGAGCAACUUUACCCAAUUUUAGUUGAGCAACCGUGCCCCGAUAUCAAGUGUGAAUUUUAUGAGCUGCUUCAUCAGUUACUACUUCACAACUGGCGCUACUUCUUCCGCUCAUCACUACUGGCCCGUAUGUCUGCGGGCGAAGAGACUGUCGAGAACCAACCUCAGUUUACUGCCAUUAUGCAGGCUUUUGGACAAUCUUUCCUUCAACCUGAUAUCACAGUAUUUAAACAGAAUCUUGAAGCGUUAGAAAACCUCAACUCCAAGUGUAAACUGUAUCAGAAGCUCAUCUUUAAAGACGUCAUGUUACUUCAAUUUGUGAAUGUGUUCCUUCAAGCGCUGGUCUACAGAUCACAUGACUUGCUACAAGAAGAGAUCACCAUCACACUGUACAAUAUGGCGGCUGUUGAUUUUGACUCGUUCUACUCCGCGUUCCUACCUCGGUUUCUUGGAGGCUGUGAAGGACUCACAGAGUCACAGAAAUCUGAGCUAGGAAAGAACUUCACCCCUGACAAGGACUUGCCAUCUUUUACACAGAGUAUUCACCGGUUUGUAGGAGAUUUACGGUACUACAGACUGUGUAACAGCAGCUUGCCCUCGGGGACUGUCAAGUUUUAAUAGACAACUCUUAUUUAAACGACGGCGAAACAUAUAAUUUAUACUCGUGUAAUCACACUGGUUUAGUUAUACUCUUGUAAUUUAUACGUUAUUAUCUAUAAACUGUGUAAUAUAUACUUGGGUAGUUAUACUCGUAUAAUUUAUACUUGUUUAUUUACCGUUCCAAAACUGUGAGCAAAAGGAGACCAAAAAAGUUACAUGUUAAGAGAUGUUGGAAAUAUUGUAUAUUUUUAUAUUUACAAGAGUACCAGUGUAAUUUGUAAAGAAAUAUUAAAAUUAAGCAUUUUUUAGAAUAGUAUUGAUUAUGUGUGGAGUAUGUCAGAUGAACAAAUAUAUACGAUAUCGUAGAAAGUAA